CGCAGGUAGGCGGUUUGGGGUGCCCCAAAGCAGGAGAUGCAGUAUUCUGCCUUCUUUCAUGAGCUGUGACUUACCCUGUCUAAAUAUCUCUGCACCCGAUACAAGUGGAAAGAUGUAGCUAUUGUGGCUGUUCAGAGUUUAGAUCCCUAGAUUUGGAAGUUUCAUAAUCUACACUCUCUGCAUAAAUGACAUAUGAAGGAGAAUCAAAGAUCAUCUACCAGGCAGUUCCAGCACAGAAAUUGGGAAUUUUAAAAUUCAGACUUUUUACAUGUCCUUCCUUGUAUCUGCAUUGCUUGCCUUUGGACUUCUGCUGGCCUGAGCUCUGCUGUAUAACCUGCCAGUGAGACAUUUCAGGUUUUCCUUGGUAGAAAUGAGGCGGGAUAGACCACAAGAACGGGCAGCUAGCUGGCCAGCAGAGCAUAUCAAGGUGCUCCUUGCCCUCUGGACUGAGGCAGCGGUCACUCAUGACCUUAGCUCCCACGGGAGGAACCGUGCAGUCUAUGAUGGCAUUUCUCAGCGUCUUGCAGAAAUGGGCAUUUAUCGGACUGGGGACCAGUGCCGUGAAAAAAUGAAAGGCUUGAAAGUGGCUUACCGCAAGGCUAAGGAAAAUAACUCUGUGGGGCGGCCGCCAAUCAAGUGUCCCUUCUAUGACGAAAUUGACCAGAUAAUGACACAGUACAUAAACUGCAGGCCUGGUUUUCCCUCUGAGGUUGGUGAAGGGUCCAGUGUUGCAGUGGACAGACAGGAAGGCCUCUCCAUCUCUGAGCCCUGGGGGACCCAAUCCAGCAUCUCUGAGCGUUGGGGGUCCCAGGCCUCUGGGCAUUGGCUGUCCCAGACUGCUGCCUCCGAAAGCCAAGGGACCGAUGAAUUCAGCUACACCCACGCAGAGGCUCAUGAGGCUUUUGGCGAGAUCCAAAUCAUCCCAGUUCAGGUGAAGGAAGAGGAAUCGGAAGAUGAAAUCUCACCGGAGCUGGAUGUGGCCUCUCCUAUGCUAAUGGAGAUCCAACCUCCACCCAGGCAGCUCAUCUCCAUGCUUGACCAACGUCCCCAUCUUCGAACUCGGAAACAAAAGGUUCAGGGGGAUGGGCAGUCAAGGGGCGCUGGCCAGAAGUGCAGUCGUUCACAUCAGCCGGAGCUGCAGAGAAUGCAGAAGCAGGUGGCCCUCCAAGCUGAGGAAAAACAGAGUUUAGCCGAAUUCAUCCAGCACGACAAGGAGAUGCGACGUGAGGAUAGGGAGUUCCAAGCCCAGCUCUUUGAGAAACUCUUUCAGAAACAAACUGAGCUGGUCCAGGUGCUAACUCAGCGAUCUCCUGCCAGUCCUAGCUCGGCUGCCUGCGCUAAUCCCAUGCAGACCUUGCAGAUGUCCACAAAGAACGGAGCAGGAACAGCCGCUGGGCCUGGCUCGCCCCUACAGGCUUUGUUAGAACAGAUAAUGCAGUCUGACCUACCGGGCAAGAGUCUAAAUAGACUUGCCGUGAAAGAAGCACUGGGAGGAAGAGUUAAGGUGCCUCCAGAAGUGCAGUAUUGGACUGCCGAAGAGAUCCUGAGGUGGCUCUUGUCUCAGCAGCCUCCUGCAGAUCACUGUCAGGAGGUGCUGUCAGGCCCGAGGCUCCCUUGCGUUGCGGGACACCUGGGGGCCCCAGGGAAAGGGGAUAACUCAGAGGCACCCCUCUCCGGUGUGAAUCCGUUAUGUGAUUCAUACCAGAGUCCUCAGCAGCUCUGCCACAAGGCCCAACAGCUGUGCGCCAGCAAUUGUGCUCAAGCACUUGAAACGGACGUCGACUUGGAGAGCCGCCGUCAUUCUUUCAGGCAGUUCCAGUACCAGGAGGCCCAGGAACCCCAGGAAGCAUACCAGUGCCUGUGGCGGCUUUCCCACCAGUGGCUAAGGCCAGAAGCACGUAGCAAAGAGCAAAUCAUGGAGCUGCUAGUGGUUGAGCAGUUCCUGAACAUACUCCCUAAAGAGAUCCAGACCUUGGUACGCGAAUGCCAGCCAGAAAACGGCAAGGAAGCUGUGGCCCUGGCAGAGAGAUUCCAGCUCCAUUUCGAGUCCAAGAGGCAACGGGACCAAGUACGUGUUACCUCAGAUAACAUGGUUGUAGAUUCCCCUCAAGAAGACUUGAAUGAGGAUCAGAGACAACCCUGCAUAAAAGACAGUCAAGAAAAUCCUAGGAAGGUUGGCUUACUAGGUACAGAAACACACCUCCAGCUGAGGAAGAGAGCCAGAUCAGAUCCAAGGAAGCAGAUUGUGCCCAAACAGGAUGGAGAACACGGUGUGGCAGCAGCCAAGCAGGUGAAGUUGAACAACAGCAUAGAAGAGCAAGAAGUGGCUGAAACUAGAAAGAAAGCAAAAGAAAUGCCCACCUCUGUGCCUGGAAAGCAAGCUGGGAAAGCCAAAGGGCGGGGAAGAUCUGCUCCCGGUUAUAACGUGGCUGGGGAACACCAGGCAGAAGGGGAAGCUAAGACGAAAAGCAGUAGCCGAGUUUCAGAAGCUGUGAACGGGACUCUGCAUGAGCAGAAAGCAUCGACUAGUCUUGGGUCAUCUCAGCUGGCUUUUGACAAGGAUGCAACCGAGGCCAGCCCCCAACCAGGCCACGACGGUCAUGGGUCUCCUGACAUAGACAGACCUUCAUUUAGUGACAGCAUUGACAUUUUACUGGAUUCUCCGUGGAGUGGAAAUGGUAGUGGUGACACAGCCCUUCAAGACGGGGGCCCCGGUUCCAGGAUGCUACCCCCUUGUGUAGGCUGUACCGUGUUGAAGGCUGAGUUGGAUACCGUCCGUGAGGAGCUCCGAUUAACCCAAGCUUCGACACUGUAUGGGUUGAGUGGCACCCCUUUGCAGGACUUAUCAGAGGCUCUUGGGACUGUGGUACGGGUCCUGAACAACACAAAAUCUUUGCCAGGAACAAACAUACCACAGAACAUUGCUGAAAUCCCUAGUAGGCCAGCAUGGCGAGAAAGAAAUCAUCUUUGAAUCCUUGCAUGGACUGAAUGUACAUCCCCCACCCCCAGUCAAGAAAUUCAGCAGCAAUAUUAGAAGCGCCUGAUUUAAAAGGAGAGUGAAAAGCACCCUUUGCUUGAUUGCCUGAGACUUUCAACAAUCCCUGCCCGUGAUUCCCUAUUCCUUCCUCAUCCUGUUGGAUUGCUUAGACUACCGCAGGCUCUGAUCCAGAUGCUCUUUCCCUGCUAUGGUGCAAAUGUUGUCAUUCCUUUACCUUUUUACUGUUACCCUUGUUUUUAUUUUAUUUUUUAUACUGUAGUAAUCUCUUUCUUCCCUUUCCUGCUUGAGUUUAAAUAAAGCAACUGGGAAUGA